GCAGCUCGGAGUACGAAUUGCACAUGCGAUAGAAAGAGUCGGGCUUUACAUUGACAAUGGCGCUUGCGCAGCGCUCGGCAUCCCGCUUCUUUGCGGCCUUCUACAGAUGGGAAUUACACACCCGAAACACACGUUUAUGUGCCUCGAACAGUAAAAAUCAUCGGAGCGGCAUUUGCAUCCCGCAGCAUUACCACACGACUCGUUUCCUCCAACAAAGUCAAGCUGAGUCGCAAGUGCAGGAUGAAUCCAUUGCCAAUUCUGGCAAUGAUGCUCGAGGGGCAUCAGGCGCCGCGGCAAUACAUAUACUACAGCCAGGGGACAACAUACAGGAGGGAAUUGCAAGCACACAGCCAAGCGCUGAAGAGCAGGACACUCUACCUGAACUCUCAGAUACGGAGCUGAAGCAGGCUGAACUGAAAGAUUCAGUGCGUCAAUUAAUGCGCAAAGUGCCUAGCUCGGUCGCCAUCAUUACUGUCGCCCACAUCGACCCUGCGACCAGACUGCAUGUACCAAUGGGUGUCGCUGUCUCGUCGCUCAGUACUGUUACCCUGGACCCGCCCACCAUUUCGUUCAACAUCAAGGAGCCUUCCCAGACCUUGGAUGCUAUAAGGGCUGCAAACGGCCUUUUUCGUGUACAUUUUCCCGCGGCCCAUCGAGGCGGCGCCGGCUUGGUGGACCUCUUCAGUCGGGGAAACCACGCCGAUGCCUAUAACAUACGAACCAAGAUGCUGAAACUCUAUCAACCCAAAGACAGAAAGCAUCCUAGCACCACGCGCUCUGCCGCGCCGCAAAUAAUGAAUGACUUCGUAUUGGCUGCAAUGGAAUGCAAAGUCACUCAUGAGUUUCGGGUUGCAGAUCAUGUUAUCCUCGUCGCAAAGGUCAACGAUAUAGAGCAAAAGGUUUCCAAGGACCAUCAGGCCAUUGUUUACAUCGAUAGGGGCUAUCGGAGUCCCAAAGGCAACAUUAUAUUCUCCUCUGUGAACGCCAAAACAACUACCACCACUGACCGUGUCUGGUCGGUGUGGCAAUUCCCUUUGUUUCCAGGCAAGAAGGAGCGCCAGCAAUAUCUGAAAGAGAUCAAGGAUAUGAUCAAAUCAGAUCCAGCUUAUUAUGAAAAGCCUUCAAGAGAUGUCUAUCGCACCAUUGAUGCCAAUCUGCCGUAUGCUGCAGCGAACUUUGGUAUCAGCAUAGAACUUCUUGUUGGAGAAUGCAGAAAGGAAAUGGGGCUCGCCGAUAGAAUCAGGCCUGGACUUCAAGGUCAACAGGUGCUGAGCGACUUUUACGGACCGUUGACGCCAUCUAUGAGAGAUCAGGUCGUGAGGCGAGCAAAGAAGUUGAUUGCACGCGAUUCGCGCUUCCUAUCACAGCACUACCGGAUGUUUUUGCAUAAUCUGGGCGUCAGCCCUAACAGCAGAGAUUUGCUGCCUAGCGACAUCAUGAGCCCCCUGCGGGCUGCUAAUUUGGCACCACCUUUUGAGCCACAAAAGAGCCAUGCAGACGGCACAACAGAAGAUAUUCAGAAAGUCGAACAGAUUGAACAUCGUCUCCGAGAACAUCUUCGCAAGAUGAGUUAUCCAGAAGCUUUGAAGAAACCCUUGGAAGAUGCAAUGGUAGCCAUAGGCGAAAAGAAAGAGGCUCAUCUGCAUUUCAAGAAAUGUCGCUCGCGCCUGCUUACACAAAGCCACCCUACACUUUUUGAUGCCUUAGCGAUAGACAUUACUGGGGAAGUGACACAAGAAGAACUUCGUGUUGUGCUCCGCCGGAUCCUCAGCCGCCUACAAUACUAUUCGCAAACUGAGUUCCGAAAGCAAAUCCACAUGGACUGGUGCGAAGCAUUACGUCGAGUACGCGUCAAUCCUACUAUUACAGGAAUGGAUGUGGAGUUUCUGAUAGCCAAGAUCAAACAUCUGUUCUACUCUGCCAGGCAAUUCGGAGAUUUCCGUCGUGCCGUUGAAGAGAUGAUAGAGCCUUGGCUUUCUUGGAACGUUGAAUGGGAAGAUCUUGAGGGCCGUGUCAAGCAAUUUGUCCAGAAAACUCCAUUACGUGCUACAGCAUGGUCGCGGGAGGAUAGACUUGCUGCUAUAGGUCUACACUGGGAUGCUACGGUCAGCCUACCAAAGCAAGACAAUAGCAACAAACAGGCCACAAAGCCUCUCAACGAAGGACUCAUCCUCGAUACACUCAUAGCAAAAGAGUUGAAGCGUCACUACGGCAAUGGCACUGAAGAGGAGAACAAAGGUAUCGCCAAAUACCUGAAGGAGACGUACAGCUUUGAUGUUACACACCAGCCAAUCCAGCACAUUCCCAUGGAAUCAACAUCUCAAUCUUCCGGCGAUGAGAUGCAAGAAGCUAUGAUGACUGAUCUUGCUUCUACCCAACAACACGUAUGGCUAGAGCCAUCCAAGCCGAGAUACAAGUCAGGCAAUAAUCAGAAUCAUGGGCGGCAUCAUGGGGAUGCUUCUGCGCAAACUACUGAUCCAACCUCUUGAAGAAUCAUUUAAAUCGGUGGAAAUUUGAUGGAGCACGAAUUGCAAAAC